UGGUUGACGGUGCAGAUGAGUUCAGUUUUGAUCAGAAUAUUGACAGAAUUCUUGUGCUCCUUCGAUCAGGCAUCAGUCGCAUCGCCUCUCGUGGUGGGCGCGACCGUGGCGGCCACGGCGUUGGGAGGGAGAUACCUGAUCGGGGCUUGGCAGGCGUUCAAGGCCCGCCCGGUGAUACCGCGUGUCCGGAGGUUCUACCCUGGAGGGUUCCAGCCCGUAAUGACCCGGCGCGAGGCUGCCUUGAUCCUCGGAGUCAGAGAGCAUGCGGUUAUGGAGAAGAUAAAGGAAGCUCAUAGGAGAGUGAUGGUGGCGAAUCACCCGGAUGCCGGCGGGAGCCAUUACCUGGCUUCCAAGGUCAACGAGGCCAAGGACGUGUUGAUGGGGAAGUCGAGAGGCUCCGGUUCUGCAUUCUGAAUUCCGUGUGCGGGAUCGGAACAGGCAGUUCAUGGAUGGAGAUCGAACGCUGAAGGUCAAGAAGGGACUCCUCAUUGCAUGAUUGUCUCCGACUAAAUAAUUCUUUUGUGUACCCUAUUUCACGACAACGAUUCUGAUCUUCAAAGUAGCACGCUCUGGCAUGGUCA